GCUUUCGGCGAAGCCGCACCUUGCUACGGCUCAAAGAUUGAAGUAUAAGUUGAAUAGCUGUCUCUCCGUUCCUCCCUAAUCAUUCAUUGCCUCACUGCAACAUAAACACCCCCCAUCAAUCCAGGAUUCGUUGGAGCAAGACAAUGUGUGACUUUAGUCAGCGGGAAUUCUCAUGUGGCCACUUCCUCUGGCUUGCUUCGGAGUUGUGCCCAAUUUAUAAACAAACUCGAAGGAAAUGGGGAUGUCAACCCAAUGUCACGAAGUUUGAGACAAGGGACCAGCUCAGCGGAGAAUGCAAGUGGGUGCUGAAGAGAGUAUGGAGACUGAACCUUGGGAACUCUAUACGAAACUGUAGCCAACGGCGAGACAUCUGCGAUCUUCACUCGCGCUUCAGGUUCCUUGGUCUCAAGUCCAUGUACCUCAAAUAAACACACUUUAGGUACUCAGGAGCGUCGAGGAGGGCCAGUCGCCGAGGCUUGCAGAGAAGCAAGCCAGGAGCCAAGAACUAGUGACACACCUCGGAG